AUGCGCGUGCUGCAUCUCGUGUUGGCCGUUGCGGUCGCUUUUGUGGCUAUCAACGACGGUGUCUCGACCGCUGCCAAGACCGCGUUGAGGUCGGAUUCAACCGAUUUCAAUUUUUUCGGAGACGACGUAGCAAGUGAUGAUACGGUUUCGGAGGAAAGGAGAACAAGUGGGGGUGGACGUGGUGGCCGCGGAGGUGGUGGGGGUGGUGGCGGUGGCGGUGGUCGUUCAAGAGGAGUAGGAAGAAGAGCGCGUCGACGAGCACGUGGAGCACAUGAAGAAGAAGGAGAGGAAUAUGUCGAUAUGCCUCCUGGCACUUACCUCGGUCCGUUAUUCGGUGGCCCCCACGGCGAUGACUUCACCGACGCGGACGUGGUGAAGUCUGGACAAAAAGUGAAGUCCAUCAAUAUCCGCGCUUCGGAACGCGUUGAUGCCGUCAUGCUCACCGUCGUGAGUCCAACGGGGGAGGAGAAUACCUUGUAUCAUGGCGGUGAUGGUGGUGACCUACGAACCCCGUUAGACUUAGGUGAAGGUGAAUACAUCACUGUCAUGGAGGCACACUGGGGCAAACAUGAAGGACACACGCGAAUCAAGUACAUCAAGUUCACCACCAACAAGGGGAGAUUCAUCGAAGGCGGUUCCAAGACGGGCAAUAUUGGAACGGACACUGCAAGGGAGGGCUACCAGCUGGGCGGAUUUGAUGGUAGAAGCGGCGACGAGCUUGAUAUGGUCAGUGCCAUCUGGACAAGCAUUCAGCCGGUGGUGUAA